ACCCUAGGCCUUACCGACAGCUCUCUCCCCAAUCCCGUGCCUCCCUCUCCUCCCCAAUCCAGUCUCCUCUUUUCCUCCCCAAUCCGCCGCCUCCUCCACGCGCGGCGGUGCGAGUAGGUGGGUGGCGGUACUUUUGGCUGCGGGACCAGGAGGUUGAGGCGUGGCUGCAGGGAGGCGCGGCGACCGUUGCUCCGCUGCGUGGGGAGAGAUUGAUGUGACGGCGGCCGGAAUCGAAUGGGGCGGCGGCGAGCAGGCUAGGAACCGGAUGGCGGCGGCGGCGAGCAGGCCAGGAACGGGGCGGCGCCGCCUCAUCUCUUUUAUCCAUCGAGAUCUUGCACGGGAUUGGCUCAAUCCCCAUCUCCCGCGGCCUCUGCUGCCUCCCCGGCUCGUCUCCUUCCAUCCUCGUUCUUCGGUUUUAGCUACGUCGCGGCCUAUGGGCAGGACGGGGAGGCGGGCGUGGCGGCGUUCGAGCGCGGGACGAGCGCGCUGAGACCCUGGACGCCGCCGUGCUGGUCUCCGGGUUCCUCCUCGGCGUGGUCUGCAUCUUCCCCGCCAAGAUCUUUGGUGGAGUUCCUCCCCAGUUUUUCCUCGGUCAGCGGCGACUCGCGGCGGAACGAGGGCUCCCAAGACGGCGGCUCACGCGUUGCGGAGGAGCUGGGUCGAAGUCGCUGCAGCGGGGAGACGCCGUCCUCCUCGGCCGUCCUACCUCCGGCGACCUCACCAUCUUGAACGGAUCUGCAGGCUGACCAUAAAUUAUGGUACUGCUGCUUUGUGAAAGUAUUUUCUGUUGAUUUAGCCUCUGGUUCAGAUAAAGGAAGGUACAUCAUAUGAGAUAGUUUGCAUUGCGCAUUGGUUGAGGAGUGCCUGGCAGUUGGCGAGAGAAGAGGAUCAAAAGAACGAAAGGAGGCAAGAUUAUUUUAUGGUUGUGGAACCAGUCUCCCGGAUUCUAUUUUAUUUGCAUUACGUAUUGGUUGAGGAGUGCCUGGCAGUUGGCGAGAGAAGAGGAUCAAAAGAACGAGAGGAGGCAAGAUUAUUUUAUGGUUGUGGAACCAGUCUCCCGGAUUCUAUUGUACAUGCAGAUGCAGAUUUGGUUUGAUGUUGAGAUUUGGCUGGGUCUCGAUUCAAUUUUGGCCAGGUGGUGCGCUGAAUACUCCUGCUAAUUCUAAUGGUAUUGGGAAAUGCGGCAAAACUUAUAUGAGCUGGAUUUCACUGUUGUUGCCGUGAGGGAGGGUUGCAGGUGAUUAUUGGUUGAACAUUGCCCAUGUAGCACUCACCUGGGUGUGUAUUGUGCUAAUGUCUACCAUGGUAUAACUCAUCUUCAUGAUACUGACGUGAAUAUGAUAUUGAGGAUGUACUGAGUGGUAUUCCAGGCAAAGCAUGUGCAAUACUUUUAUUAGUUCAGCGCUGAUUAUUAUUUUCUUACCUUUCAAAGCUAUAUUUGUAGAGAUUACUAUGCUGAAUUAUGUGCUCUUUCAUGGUUAAAGGUUCCACAAGCUUUACUUGUCGAAGGAGAUUAUCAACUCACUUUUUGUUUACAGGAAAAUUUAUUGAGACUCAAGAGUCAAGACAAAGGCAACAAAAUUUUGAAGGUCGCUGUUUUGUGCCGCGGCGGAGCGACAAGGGACAGGAAGGUAGGAUUUUGUUACCAUUAUGCAGAUGCGCACUGACUUCUGAAAUUCAUUAAUCUAGACACCUUGGUGCUGGAGCUUUUGUGAUGAAUGAUAAAUGAGGUUUUGAUCGUUUGAUCAUGCUGGUAGUAGGCCAUUGCCCCUUCAAGCCAGCAAGAUGCCUGUUGUACGUCAAUGAAUAAGAGCGUCCAUCCAAGAUACUAAGGUUAAACCCGAUUCUUUCUCUGGCAAGGGGCAUGUUUUCUUGCCGCUAUUUCAGUAAACGAUUUGAUAUGCUAAAGAAUAAUAUGUAGAGAAGUCAUGUUGUCAGUACCAUUUCAGGCUUCGGUCAAUGAAGACUGCAAUGCUUCGUCUGCUCAAACCACAACCUCGGGGGAACCAGGAACUGAUUUUAGGCAGCCGAUGGUGGUGGACCAGGAAAGAAGCUCAACCACGGGAUUACGAAGUUCAUGCCGCGCAAGAGGGUCUAGCACUGCUAAUCUUCUACAGGCUUUGGAGGAGUACCUGCCAGUUCUGCUAGGAUUGGUGAAAGAAAGAGGCAGUGAGCUGAGAAACAAAGUGCAGUUUGUUUGGUCUAACCAAGAAGAUGAUGCUGAGGAGACAUCCAUGGCAGAUGCUUGGUACGAGGUGUUGUCUAUGCUGCACCUGAUGGCCAUGGUGUGCUUCCUGCAGGCCAACUCUCUGCUUCUUCCUAGGUCAUACAGUGACGGCUAUGGGCCGAGAGUAUCUGAAGAGAGCAGGCGAGCCACUGUUGAUGUUUUCUUGAAAGCAGCUGGGUUCUUGGAUUGUGCAGUUAAUCAAGUACUUCUGCAGAUACCACCCGAGAAAAGAAGGGCACUCCCAGUAGAUCUAGCAGAAGGAAAUCUAAAAGCACUUAGCUUGCAAGGACUUGGCCAGGGAGUUGAUAUGCAACUUGGAUUGGCAAUUGAUAAUCCAAAGGCUACUUUAGCAGUAAAACGGCGUUUAGCUUGCGAACUGGUCAAAUAUUGGCAACAGAUUAAGGAUAGCAUACCAGAGCUUCCUUUGUCAGAUGGAUGGGCGAAAAAAAAAGCACACACUAUUUGUAAAGUGGAAGUAUGCUGAAGCAAAGGCUGCUGCAUACUAUUUCCAUGGGUUGAUUCUUGAUGAGGGAGACACGGAAAAAUCUCACGAGAUGGCAAUAUCCUCACUACAAGCAUCAGAGGAGUUUCUGAAAGAGAGUGAAAGGGCUUCAGAGGCCUUCCAUUCAACUCCUCCG